AGUCUUUAUUAGUUAUAAAAAAAAUAAAUAAUAAUAAUGAUUCGACUUUGGAAAUCUUGUUCAUUGAUAAGACAAAACAGAAAUUUUAUAUGUAAAUCAAUUCAUCUAAAGCCUACUACAUUAGUGCGUUCUGGUUGUCGAUAUAGCUCUUCUGUUACUAAAGGUAACAAUGAUAAAAUAUACCUUGGAACUGGUGUCGGCAUUUUGACUGUUAGUGGUGCUCUGGUUUAUUCUUUAUUUACUUCACCAUUGCCUCAAAGUAAUGUACAGUACAAGGAUUUUUUAAAGACUGAAGUUGCAGAAGAACCAGUCAUAAGUAAACCCAAUGAAAUUGAAACAAUAGUUGACACAGAGGAAAUCAAAGAAAUUAUUCAGGACUCUUCAGAGGUUGGGGAAGUUGAGAAGGUAGAGGAGCCUCAAAUUUUAAUAAAAGAUUUAAAGUUACCAAGUGAAGUUCCAUAUAUAAUAAUUGGUGCUGGCACUGCAGCUCACUCUGCUUGCAGAGCAAUUCAGAAGCGUGAACCUAAUGCAAAGAUUUUAAUUAUUGGCAAUGAAGAUGUGUUGCCAUACAUGCGACCACCACUUUCAAAAGAAUUAUGGUUUAAUCCAGAUGAUAAUUCUGAAAGUCUCUCAUAUAAAGCAUGGAAUGGCAAAGAAAGAAGUGUAUUCUUUGAAGAUUCAAGUUACUACACUAGCUUAGAUGAUUUGGAAAGCAAAGGUGGUGUUUCAGUUGUAACAGGUAAAAAUGUUACUAGCAUAGAUGCUUUGGGUCAUAGUGUAACUUUGGAGAAUGGUCAGAAAGUUAAAUAUGCAAAAUUACUCAUUGCCACUGGUGGUAAGCCAAAGCAACAUCCUGCAUUUAAAAACAUUAAUAAGGAAAACGAACAUAUAACAAUGUUUAGAGAUGUUAAUGAUUUGAAGAAGCUUAAAAGACUUUUACGUCAUCAGAAAGAUAUUUUAAUUGUUGGUGGAGGUUUUCUCGGAAGUGAAUUAGCUUGUGCUCUAUCCACAUAUGGAAAGCAAUCUGGGAUUAAUGUGACACAGAUUUAUAAUGAAGAUGGUAAUAUGGCAAAGGUCCUUCCUAAAUAUUUGAGUGAAUGGACAACUAAAAAAGUUAAUAAAGAAGGGGUUUUGACGAUGCCAAAUCGAUCUAUUCAGUCUGUGAACUGUGGAGAAAAAGUUGAAGUGAUACUUGAUAACAAAGAAAAGUUAAUAGCUGAUCAUGUGAUUGUUUGCGUUGGAUUAGAACCAAGUACUGAGUUAUCUGCUUCCGGUGGUCUUGAAGUAGAUAAGGAUCAUGGAGGAUUUCGUGUAAACUCAGAACUUGAAGCACGAUCAGAUAUUUGGGUGGCUGGUGAUGCAGCUUGUUUUUAUGACAUUAAUUUGGGUCGCCGUCGUGUUGAACAUCACGAUCAUGCUGUGGUUAGUGGUAAACUAGCUGGUGAGAACAUGACUGGUGCAAAAAAAUCGUAUCAUCACCAAUCCAUGUUUUGGAGUGAUCUUGGACCAGAAGUAGGAUAUGAAGCAAUAGGAAUAGUGGAUAGUUCUCUGCCCACUGUUGGUGUUUGGGCAAAAGCUACUUUAAAAGAUAAUCCGAAAGUAGCUUCUGAAGAAUCAGGAGAAAAUAUCCGAUCAGAUGCACAAUCUCCCGAUGUUACCGUUGAAGCAGAAACAGUUAGCCAACAAACCGGAGAUGAUUUUGGAAAGGGAGUGGUCUUUUAUAUGAAAGAGAAAAAAAUUGUAGGAAUUUUACUUUGGAACAUUUUUGGUCAUAUGCCAGUGGCUAGAAAACUAAUAUCUGAUUCACAUGAUCAUGAAGAUUUAAAUGCUGUCGCAAAGCUUUUUCAUUUGCAUCCGAACUCUUAACAAUUUUCAGAAAGUUUUUAAUUUCCAAUUACAAAAAAUGAAAUUUUUUUAGUGAAAUUAUUAUUAUAAUGA